AUGCCUCCUCUCGCUCCCAGAUCCGGCGAUGCCAUUUUUGCCAACGUUGAGCGCGUCAAUGCCGAGCUUUUCACUCUAACGUAUGGUGCGAUCGUGCGUCAAUUGCUUACGGAUUUAGAGGAGGUUGAGGAAGUUAAUAAACAGCUCGAUCAAAUGGGCUAUAACAUCGGAAUUCGGCUAAUUGAUGAAUUCCUCGCAAAAUCCAAUGUCUCUAGGUGUGUGGACUUCAAGGAAACUGCCGAAGUCAUUGCCAAGGUUGGUUUAAAAAUGUUCUUGGGAGUCGCUGCAUCUGUGACCAACUGGGAUGCUGAUGGAACAUGUUGCAGUCUUAUAUUGGAGGAUAACCCACUGGUAGACUUUGUUGAGCUUCCUGAUACUUGCCAAGGUCUGUACUACUGCAACAUCUUAAGUGGUGUUAUCAGAGGAGCAUUGGAGAUGGUGUCAAUGAAGACUGAAGUGACAUGGAUACGUGAUAUGUUAAGAGGGGAUGAUGCAUUUGAGUUGCAGCUGAAACUUGUGAAGCAAGUUCCCGAGGAGUACCCAUACAAAGAUGACGAGUAA